AUGUUGCUAGCCCGGAGACCCCGGUAGAGUUGCCCGAUGGAACCCCGGCCGAUCGAUGCCCUGUCCAAUGGCCACUGAAACAGCCCAGGGGCGUGAAGAUCUCUGGGCCCGGGGAUGUGCGUGCAGUGGCGUCUUUGCGCGUCUGCACGAAAUGGCCCUUGCUGCCCUUCCACUUCGCAGUCACCACCGUGUCUUGGACUCGUUGCCUCAACUCCCAACGCCUGGCUUUCGCUGCAGUGGGCACUUGUUCACCAUCCUUGCCUCGUGCUGGCUGCUGGGCUGUGCGAUUGGCAGGGCCUUUGUUCCUCCAGACCCAGACCAUGGCUGACGCGGUCGCCCAGAAGCGCAGUGCCGAACUCUCAAGCAUCCAAGCACCGGUCCAUAGCUCGCUGUGGAUUUGAGCAGGAUCCUGGCAUCUCUUCUACCUCUCUUCUACCUCUCUUCUGCCUCUCUUCUGCCUCUCUUCUGCCUCUCUUCUUACCUCGUUUCUUGCCACGGGACGGCGAUUAUUGUUGCAUCCCAACGGCGGUCGUCUCGUCGACCCGCCCCGAGUCCAAAUUCCUCUCCAUCCUAUCCCGCCCGGCUCACCCGAGCGCUCUCGAUCUCCAGUGCUGGCUGAGCCCGAUCCUCCAUUGCGAGUACCCCACACCACCUCCGCAUUAUGUCUUGGGAUGGGUUCAACCCGCACACCAGUUCUCGUCUCAGUCUCAGGCAUGGAUUUCCGAUCCACUCCCUCCCACCACUGUUUCCUAUGAUCGUCGUCAUCUAUCAACGCCCCGUUCCGCGUAUUCCACAUCUCUGCCGUCCUCCAUAGGGCCCGUGCGUGCAGUCGUUUCGUGUUCGGUUGCUGUCGCUGCUAGCACGCGGUGUCUAGCCGUCUUCGCUCGCUUAUACAAGAAGGGAGCUGUCGGAUCUGACCAAACAGGGUCCACGUCUCCUUGGAGCAGGCCUGUCCGCCUUCCGCAGGAUUCCCACGCCGGAAGCUGGCUCGCGUAGCAUUGGCAACGAACGGGGGGUGUGGUGGCUGCAGUCCCACGCCGCAAAUCACGGAGCAAGUUCGUCCACCCUCAUGCCGAGAAUGGAACACCACACCACCCACCACCCUCUCGCAACACCCUCAACCUACGUCCUCGCCAUGGUGCCCAUGCACACAUGGCCGAGACAGCUUUUUCCAAGGGAGAUGCCACAAGCAGCAACGACUGCCAAUCUAUUGCUCAUAUUUCUCGUAUUAAGCUUGUGGUCAUGUCACACUUUCCCCGCGUGACUCCCCACGCAACGUCAAGGCAGGUUGGCGAGACUU